AUGUCUUUCAAUUUCGGCGGCAAUUCCGGAGGGUUUUCGUUUGGAUCCACUCCAGUGACCACUUCGACACCAUCUCUCUUCGGCAAUACCUCCCAAAUGCCGACCUUUGGUCAGACGACUGCCCCCUCCUUCGGGUCCACACCUUUUGGCGCACAGACAUCACAACCGCAGCCACUGUUUGGCGGACAACAGACGCCAUCGCAGACGCCGUCCUUUGGAUCCACUUCUUUCGGCUCCAACACAGGCUUCGGUGGUCUGAGUGCUCCGGCGUUUGGCGCCAAUCCUACCACACAAUCGGCCCCACAAUCCGUCUUCGGCUCAUUUGGCUCGACUCAGCCAUCAGUUCAGGCCUUUGGCUCAGGGUUUGGCGCACAGACGACACCCGCGACGGCCACCACUUCCAGUCUUUUCACGUUUCCGUCGGCACCACAACAACAGACGACUCCAUCUCUAUUUGGUGGACAGACAGCCGCCACCACUCAGAGCACUGGUAUGUUUGGCUCACCUUUUGGCGCAUCGGUAGUCAGCCCUCAGACAUCGCAAUCGACGGGUCUGUUCGGCGCCACCCCUCAGCCCCAACAACAGCCCACAAGUCAACCGACCCUCUCGUUUGGCACGAGUCCAGCGCUGGGAUCAGCUUUUGGUCAGACGGCUGCGUUUGGGGCGACCUCUGCAGCUCCAGCGGCGCCUGCCUUUGGAUCGACCGGAGGCUCUCUUUUCGGGGCAACAAAUUUGCCCACUUCUUCCUCUGCGCCUACUUUUGGCGGUUUUGGAACUCCUGGCGGAACCGCCGCCACUGGUUUUGGUGCUCCGGUAGCGCCCACCACUUCGGCGCCCGCUUUCAACUUUGGCGGAGGGAUUCCCACAGCGACCACAACUACACCCACCCUCUCGUUCUCAUUGAAUCCUCCGACGCCGUCAACCCUAUCAGCGGCCUCUUCGGUGCAGACAUUCGGCACAACCAGUGGUUUUGGUUUGACUACUCCUAUAGUGAGCUCAUCGACGGCAGCACCGGUGCCUUCCUUUGGGUUCGGCGCCCCAACGGCUACCACUUCUGCGGCCGCGCCGUCCUUUUCAUUCCCAUCGGCGACGACCACAGCGUCUGUUCAACCGCUGUCUUCACUGACGGGACCGACCAUUGCUUCCUCUUCCAGUGCAGUACCAUCUGCUGCCCCGGCGUUCAACUUCUCGACAUCCACUCCAACUCCUGCGCCCACUUUCACUCUCACCACUCCAUCGACUACUCCUUCGGCCACCACUUCCGCACCUUCUUUUGGCCUCAAUUUAGGCACUCCUUCGCAGACAACCAGUGCAUCGAUUGCCCCGUCAUUUGCAUUGACCACAACCUCCGCCGCAGCAGUUCCUCCAAAAACCACUGCAUUCUCUAUGCAGCCGUCGACAACGACUACUACGACAGUGCAACCCAUAACUACAGCCACACCUAAUCGAGUGACUUUCCGUCAACUGGAAGACCAAAUCAAUAUAUGGCUCAACGAAUUGAAUCAAUUAGAGGCCGAGUUUCACAUCCAGGCGCAGACCAUCAAUUCGUGGGAUUCACUGCUUAUCAAUAAUGGACUCAAAAUCACUCAAAUCAACGAAACUCUUGAGAAACUAAGAACAGAUCACACGAGACUUGACCAUCAGUUGGACUUUAUUAUAGCGCAACAGAACGAGUUGGAACAGCUAUUGUCACCAAUUGAGUCCAACAAGUUUGAGAUGAGCGCCAAUAAUGCG